CACCUAUUUUGUCAGACAAUGAAAUUGAUGAGGAAUUGACUAUUACAGAUUUGAAUUAUCAAGUGAGUGACAAUGAAAAUGAAAUUAAUAGUGAAAAGAAUGCAACUGCAAGGUCUAGUAAUCAAACAAAUCAAAAUUUUGAUGAAGACUUAGUUACAGAAAAAGAUGAUGAAAUUUUGAUGACAAGUGAUUGGAAUACAAAUUUCUGUUUAGGGAGACAAGAAAAACAUCCUGCUGAUGACGAAGAAGCCAAAUAG